AAUGAAAAGAUGCCAAUCUUCUUUAAAGUUUGAAUGAGUUUAAUCUAUGCUUAUUAGUUAAGAUCAAUGUCACUAUGACAUUUUUUUUAAUUAAUUGAUGAUUAUUUUUUAAAAGAUUAACAAAAUAAAACUGUGACAGGUAUAUUUUUUAAUUUUUUCGAUUUGUUUGUGGAAUGGAUAAAUUAAAUCAUUGAGCAAAUAUUAAAGUUUUGCUAUUACAAUGGUAGAAGAAACUGUUAAUUCUACAAAUAAGCCAAAAAUUAAAACAGCCCGACCUAGACCAGUGUAUUUAUGGAAUGUUUUAGAUGUCCAGAAAUGGUUACGGAGACAUUGCAGUGACUAUUAUCAAUUAUAUCAUGAAAAAUUUCUUUAUCAUGAUAUUACUGGAAGAGUACUUUUAAGAAUAAAUGAAAAUAUUUUAUUAAGGCUUGGAAUUGAUAAUGAACAACAUAGAAUGGAUAUAUGGAGAGAGAUUAUGAAGCUGCAUCUUAAGACUGACAUGUUAGAAAUUAGAGAUAUAGAGCGUCGCAACAAUGUGAAUUUUGAUUAAAAUAGGUAUUUCUAUUUAAAUUUUAUGACUAUAUAAAAUUAUGACUUGCUGUAUUUUUAAUACAUGUUUAUAAAUGAUAUAGUUAUAUUUUUUAAUAGAUGAUAUAUACAAAUAUAAAAUAAUAUAGUUUCUCUACGCAUGAGUUUGUAGAAGGGACUUUUUAAAGUCUGGUUGAUUUUAUUACUUUUAUUUUUCUGUACAUUUAUUGACUAGAAAUAGUUCAGAAAUACUUUAAUAGCGUACCACUUAUUUAAUUUAUUUUUAUGUUUACAUUCUAUCCGCUCAUUAUUAGAACGAGUAUAUGUAUAAUUUGAUUCUCAUUGAUAUCGAUGAUAUCAUAUAUUAAUUUAUUUGCAUUUUAAAUCAUUUAUUAAAAUCAAUAUUAUCCUAUUUUUCAUUAUUUUACAUUAAGAUCAUGUGCUUUGAAAAAUUAUAAUUUAAAAUUUAUUUAUGAAUGUAAUUUAUACGGUGUUCCAAUACUUUAUGUCAUUUCACGUUAUUAUAUUUAUAGAAAAUAUUUGGCUCAGUUUUAAUUUGAGAAAGUUAUUUAAUAUGCAAAAUACUUGCAAAUUUAUCUUAUAUAAAUGACUUAAUUUAAAAUUUCAAAUAAAAUUUGUAAAAUUUUCUUAAAUAGUAAAAGUAGUUUAAUUUCCGCUUGGAAUAAUCAAAAGGAAUGCUUCGUUAUAUUAUUUUUAACGAGCUAUGACAAAGAAAAAAAUAAUGCGAACUUUGAAUAUAGUUCUUUGACGUAAUUCAUCGUAAAUUCGUUCCGUUCAGUUUUAUAAUAAUAUGCUAAACAGGAUCGAUCCAAAGAAUCGAUCGUGGAAGCUAAGAUCUCUUUAUGAUUAUGUUUUUAUAUUAAAGACACAAUUCUUCUGUACCGAUACUUUUCGUAUGUUUGUGUCUGCCGGAGGAGAAGACGUAGAGUUCCAUUGGUUUGCUCGGUGAUCUUUGAUCAGGACAGCAUUGAUUUUUUUGUUCGUUGCGAGACCAACGUGUUGAUAUAUUUGUUUGUCGAGUAAUAGAUUCGUUUUUGCUCUUAAUGGGUAUUUUGGAUGAUUCUCGCAUUGGUACACCUCUAUAGAAAGACGGAUAACCACUGGAACCUGUUCGUCGCCAAUCAUAUCUGGACAAUAGUUCAACGAUUAUUAAAUAAUAUUUCUUGUAAAAAUCCUGAAUAAAGAUUUUACAAUUGAA